AUGGAGCCGUACGUCCUGCUGGACCCGCGUCAGAGAGCGCUGUAUCGUGACGUGAUGCAGGAGAGCUACGAGACGCUGAUGGCGCUGGAAUUCCCCGUUUCUAAGCCCGAUCUGCUGUCCCGCCUGGACCACGGGGAUGAACCUACAGCCCUGGAUCUCCACGUGCCCAGGGACACCCCAGCCGCAGAGGAUGGAACAGGAGCGGAGCAGGAAACCCCUGGAGAAGAAGCUGCUGAGAAAGAGCCUGAAGUGGUGAAACCUGCGGGCGAGGAGCAUCCUUCGAGCCCCACCAAGACCAGGGCGAAGGCAGGCAAGAGCGGGAGUCUGGGGGAGAUGCCCACACACCCAGGCGAGAGCCAACCCAGCAACAUGUGCGGCGAGUGUGGGAAGAGCUUCAGCCACAAGUCAGCCCUGGUGAAACACCAGAAGAUCCACACUGGCGACCGCCCCCAUGAAUGUCCCGACUGCGGCAAAUGCUUCAUCCAACGUUCGGACCUCACCAUCCACCAGCGGGUCCAUACGGGUGAGCGGCCCUAUGCCUGCCCCGACUGCGGACGUCGCUUCAGUGUCAGCUCCUCCUUGCUCACCCACCAACGUACCCACGCGCCCAGUGGGGAGAAACCCAACCGCUGCCCCCAAUGCGGCCGCAGCUUUGCCGAUCCGGGGGCCCUCGACCGGCACCAGAAGAGCCACCUUGGUGGGAAGCCCUACGAGUGCGGGGUGUGUGGGAAAGCCUUCGCCUGGAGCUCCCACCUUGAGCG